AUGUCCACCACUGAUUCCGAGCCGCCGUCCCCGACUAAAGUUCCCGAUCGGUAUGCGCCAUCCGCCGCGACAGUUGAACCGCGAGAUAUGUCAUCCUCAAACACGCACAGUACGUGGAGCUCGCCCGUUGCCGCUCUCGCCGUCAGGAUCUCCAAACUCCCCGAUAGCUCCGUCAAUGCACUGUGCGGAGCUUCUGCUGGAGUUGCCUCGGGCAUUGUAACGUGCCCGCUCGAUGUCAUCAAGACCCGCCUGCAAGCGCAGGGCUCUUUUCGCCCCAGGACGUAUACUGGCCCAACGCGCGCAGUGUACAAAGGCCUGACCGGCACCGCACGGGUCAUAUGGAUCGAGGAUGGCAUGCGCGGCCUGUACCGAGGACUCGGCCCCAUGCUGCUCGGAUACAUUCCAACCUGGGCUGUCUACAUGAGCACUUAUGAAUCCACCAAAAAUGUCCUCUAUCCUCAGAUGGAAAAUAAAUGGCUGGCCAGGACCAUCGCCUCUUUGUUCGCUGGUGGUUGCUCGACGCUAGUCACAAAUCCCAUAUGGGUCGUCAAGACAAGGCUCAUGUCCCAAGUCAGCGCCCGCGCCUCGCCCGAACACCGGCCGCCGUGGCACUACACAAGCACCUUUGAUGCCUUUCGCAAGAUGUACCUCAAGGAAGGCAUCAUGUCCUUCUACUCAGGCCUUACACCUGCACUGCUUGGCCUCACCCACGUCGCUAUUCAAUUCCCGCUAUAUGAGUUUCUCAAGAUGAAGUUUACCGGUCUGGAGAUGGGCCAGACAGACGCCAAGACAGAAGACGUGCACUGGUUUGCUAUUGCAUUGGCAACAGUCUUGAGCAAAAUGACUGCGACUUCUGCGACGUACCCACACGAGGUCUUACGCACUCGGCUGCAGACACAGCAACGGUCGCUACCCUCGCACUCGGACAACCAUGUAUCGUUCCGGGGAGGCCAACACGACCGAUUUCACACUCGCCCACCAGGCACAGCUUCGUCGGAUGGUAUGAUAAACUUACCGAGGUAUCGCGGUAUCUUGCGAACAUGCACCGUCAUCCUCCAAGAAGAGGGAUGGAGAGCCUUUUACAACGGAAUGGGCACUAACAUGGUCCGCGCUGUACCUGCGGCGGUCACGACCAUGUUAACAUUCGAGUCGCUCAAGGCCGUACACCAGAAACUCAAGAACGAGGGUAAGAAACUAGAACAUGAAGUCGAGUGA